UACAAUGUUUGCUUGUAAGUUGCUUGUUUUUACGGUAUUGAUAACUUUUCCAGUGACGGAGAAUAAAGAAGCGGACUCGGAAGCAUGUACGGAGUUUUUAAAUUUAAUAAAGAAAUUAAUAAAACCGAAAGAAGAUGCGAACUCAUCGGAUGAAGUCACUAAAAAAACAAAAACUAAGAAAUUCGAGGAACGAUUGGAGAAAUAUUUUGAAGAGAAAUUUCCCUGGUGGCCAAGCAAAUUAAUUGAAGAUUUAGAUGUGACAACCGAAAAACCAACUACAAAAGCUCCUAUGGAAACAUUAAUGACCAGUUAUAUGGAUUUUUUGACUAAUUUACUGAAGAUUUUUUAGUUAGGCAUUUAUUAUUUAGAAAGUGUUUUUGUAAUAUUACCCAACUCAGUGGCUUAGCUACCUUGGAUGACACCCGGUGCAGAAGUUGGUGGUGUCACCCCAUCGAAAGUAAAAAACAAUAAACUUCAUAUGAUACAGGACAUGGUACAUUUAUUAAAAAAUCGCUAGUAUGGGACGGGGAAUCCCAAACGACAGCGUCAAGCUCUUUUGCGGGAAUCUCUAAAUUCUUUGUUACAUUUGAAUACAUUGUUCCUAAUGUUGAGAGAUCGGUUGGGUGUCACCCCAAAAAGGUGCCCCCCAUGCCCCGCCACCCUUGCUACACCAUUAACCGAGCCUAUGGAAAAAAACCUAAAUGAGUAAUAUUUGCAAUGCGCCCAGUAGCAUAGAAGUGGCAUAAGAAACACGAUUGUUUAGUUUGGGUGUGAAAUUACAUUUGCACGAUAAGUUAAUAACAUUAAACAUUUACAAUGUAAUUACUAAUAACGACAGCGAUUCUGAUAUUAUAAGAUACUAAUGGAAGUUAUAAAGUAUCCGAUCAGUGUCAGGGUUAGUCUCUAUGUUCUGCUAAAGCUAAAAAGUAUAUUUACUGACAUGUAUGAGGCACCUCUUAAUACAAAUGGUGCAUAUAAGAUGCAUCCAUGUUUAACAUUAAAUUAAAGCUAACAUCUAUCUUUUCAAAUGCAAUAGUUACAAGUGACAAAAUAUCAGUGCAAUAGCUUAGUACGUAUUGUAAGCAAAAGCUGGUUUUGGUAUUGCUUACAAAUUGAUUUUUGUAAAUAAUAAUAUCACUGUCUGUUUGAUAAUUUCAGUAUGUAUGUAAAACCACCUAAAUCUAAUCACACUGUAUUAUAUGUAUUUUUCCAUCUAAUUGCUCUCCAAAACUCAUGUCUAUUUCUUGUCAAAAUUGUGUAAAAAGAUGCAAACGGAUGCUUUAGUCUAAAUAGAAUAAGUUUUUGUAAACAUGCUCCACGAUAAUACAUUUAAUAAAGCA